AUGACGGAAGCCCAGAAUAUUAGGGCCUUGGACCUGGCAAAGGCGUUAAGAGGCCAUUGGGUCCAGACUGAUUUGCAGAUGAGGGAACGGGCCACCUGGAGGUGUGGUCUUGGUCCUAGUUAUGAAGUUGCAACCGCCCUAGAAAAUCGAAGCCAUAAGGUUCGGUAUUCAGAUUCAGUGGAAAAUGGAUCAAUUAUAUUUUCUCUUUCUGGAGUUGCAUUUUUAUUGAUGGAUGCUAAAAAAUGCUUUAUGUCUGCUGAAGAAACAUUUCUAGCCAAAAUUGAGAAGUUUAUUAACAUUCACCGAAAUAGUUUUUUGGUUCUGUCUGCUGCCCUGCAUGGGCCUGAGGAAUGGAAACUGAUGUUCAGGAUUCAGCAGAGAUUCCUGGGUAGUAACCUACGGAUACUUCCAGUACACAACACAAUAAAUGCUAUUAAUCUUAUGUGCACCAUAGCUAAGAUCACCUCCAAACCACACAUAGAUAGCAUCUGCUACAGAAUGAUAACAACUAAAGCUUACAUCAUUGAGCAAAGUCCAGUUUGGAAAACACUUCAAAAGAUAAAACUGAGUAGUGAUACAUUUAACCCAAAUUAAAUUAUCAAUUACAAAUGUUCUUUUGGAAGAAUAUUAAAAUAAAAUACAUACAAUUAAAAAAAAUGAUUUUAUUUUCAGGAGUUCUGUUACUUCCUUUAAUAAUGUUCAGAAAAGAGACUUCCCUGGUGGCACAGUGGUUGGGCAACCGUCUGCCAAUGCAGGGUACGCGGGUUCAAUCCCUGGUCCAGGAGGAUCCCACAUGCCA